AUAUAUGCAUCCGGCCCAUCCAUGCAAAUGCAAGCCCUUUUCAAUUCUGUCCCAAUUAUAAUUACUGUCUUACCUUUCCAUUUCUCUUCUCUUAGUGUGCAUGUGUGAGCACAGCACACUAGUAUAGUUACUAGUGUUUCCUUUUGUUUUUAUUUUUUUGUGUGUUUUGUUAUUGAUUACUGUUAGUUAUCAUCAAUGGGAAGAGCUCCUUGCUGUGAGAAGAUUGGUUUGAAGAAAGGAAGAUGGACUGCAGAAGAGGAUAAGAUCUUAACUGAUUAUAUCCAAGAACAUGGUGAAGGAUCUUGGAGAUCUUUGCCAAAGAAUGCAGGUUUGUUGAGAUGUGGAAAGAGUUGCAGACUCAGAUGGAUAAACUACUUAAGAUCAGAUGUGAAGAGAGGUAACAUAACUCCUCAGGAGGAAGAAAUCAUUGUCAAAUUGCAUGCUGUUCUUGGUAACAGGUGGUCUGUAAUAGCUGGACAUUUACCAGGACGUACAGAUAAUGAGAUAAAAAAUUAUUGGAACUCUCAUUUAAGGAGAAAGAUUUACUGCUUCAUGAAGUCAUUAAAUGAGUCAUUUUCACCAAUUGACUUAGCUGCUGUUAACCUAGCAGCUGCUUCCAAGAGAAGAGCUGGUAGAGGAGCUGCACCAAGGCAAGAUCAGAACAACAAAUACAACAAAAAAGAGGUUCUUGAAGUUCAAUUGCCAACACUACUACAUACAAGAAAAGAAGAAGAGCUACAACAAGGUUAUAAUAAUACUAAUAAUUCAUCAUGCCCUAAUAUGAACGAAUUAGUUGACAAUUUGGAACCAUAUGAAUGGUUAGAUGAUGAAAUUAUAAAACUAAGUUACAUGUUUGAAAGUGGAGUACUUGUUAGUCCAGAUCAUGAGAAUAAUAAUAAUAAUAAUAAUAAUAAUAAUAUUAAUAUUAAUGUAACCAAUGAUGAUAAUAAUAUUCUAGAUUCUGAUUUUGGUGUACUAGUGGGUAAUAAUGAUGGUGGUAGUGGUGGUGUUUGGAGUUCAUCAAAUGGUGCUGAAAGUGGAGAGUGUAAUUCUUCUGUGAAUUCUGUUUAUGAAUAUCAAUGGCCUGAUAUGCAUUUAGAAGGUAGUUGUGUUCAAUCCUACAAUCAACAAUGGGACCUUUGUGAUCAACAAGGCCAAGAUGUUAAUUGCUUCUGGGAUGCUUCAAAUUACCAAGAAAAUGGAUUUUAUCAUUGAUCCAUUGAUUGCAUUCAGGGGAGAUUAUAUUAUAUAUCCUAUAGUAAUGUAUUUUUCUGGUGCUGAAUUAAAUAAAAGUUUAUCAGGUUUUUUAUUGUGUGAUCAGUUAGUUAUAUAAUGUACGUAGUAGUAAAUUUCAUUUAGUUCUUGAGUAAUUGAGUGUUAUAAUAAACUCUAACUCUAGAGUCCCAAGUCCAAUUCAUACUCAAAAAUAUAUAGAUUAGAGGAGACGUGUGGUGUGUCUAUGUAAGGCUAAUGAAAUCAAUAAAUUCGGCACUAAAUUGUCAUGAAA